CUCAAAUCCCAUCCACAUACUGACAAUACACAGACCUCUUAAGUUCAGACAGGUGGCAGCUCUAGUGCCACUACUUUUUUGCUCUGCUCAUGCUCAGAGGUUUCCGGCCACGAUCCUGGCAAGCUGAACUCUUUGGGUGGAAGGAAGAACGCUAUCCAUCUCCCGCUGCGCUUUCCAACUCAGAACCGGAUUGAGGAAAAAAGAGAACCCGGACAGUAAUUCGGAUUCCUUCCACUUCUCCAUUCCCGUUCUUGCACGGGGCUUGAGCCAUUGUGUCGUUCGGUCGCAUGACUCACCGCUGCUCCACGGAUCUCGCUCUUCGCCGCCUCCCGUCUCCGCUACGGGAUCCCUUCAGCAGUAGCAGCAGCGAGAGCCACGGGGAUCGGGCGGAAAGAUUGGAUCCGCUUGCCCGGCUACCACCAACGUCCACUGGAGGCUGCCGAUAGCUGCGGACGCGCCUUGCCGGUGGGGGAAGAAUGAUCGCGGCGCGGAGACCCCACAGCGGCCAGAAGAGGCAAGAAGGGGCGUCCCGGGUGGGUGGCGGUGGCAGCGGACGCUAGGCGGCGGCGUGGGCUCGCUCGGAGCUUUCGACCACAACCUGAGAUUCGUUCACCGCCUGCCUCCCAAUUUCUUGCCUGCCCAAGACCCGUCGCUCGCUGCAGCCGCCACCGCCGCAGCUGGGCAAGACCACAAAGGGGAAGUUUUUCAGAGAGCUACUCCAAGAGCGCCGCGACAGGGGCUGUAGGAGGGGAAGCAGGAUUCGGGCAGAGGCAGGAGACGAGGUUUUCUCCUCGCUCGCUCGCUCACUCCGCCCGACCGCCGUCCUUCCUCUCGCCGUGCUGUCGCGGGGCUCAAAUCCGCGGGACUCGACUGGGAAGCCCCGCGCUUCGCCAAGUGCCGCCUGAAGGGAACUUCCAUCCACGAGAGGGGGACACGCGUCCCUCAGGAAUUCCGGGCAGAGAACCACCGUAGAAAAGAAGCAACCGGAGCAGCAGUUACUCUUGCAACUGGGGAGAACCCCGUCGGCUCUAUCCAGGACGUUGCCGCGGCCAAGCACCCGAGUGACCAGCACCCGCUGGUUACCGCACUCCAGUUCUGGUUAUCAAUACGAGGUACGAAUCUGGCUGAGUUUGAUCCCGGGGCUAGAGAGCUUAACCGAAGAGGGCAUCACCAAAGCAUCUAUCUACACCACCAUACUCACAUCUGCAAAGCCUGGCUUCCUGCUGGGGUUGCCUGCAGACUUGGUGUUUAUAAAGACUGUGCUAGACAGCCUGUGCCAUUCCAGAAGGAGGCCACCCCUUGCAAAACAGCUGGCCAGCGACAACACAAAACGUGCAAACGGGAGGUCCCCAAUAAGCUGACUUUAUCCUGCUCUUGUGCCAGUCCACUGGCAUCAUAAGAGAGUAGCGGCCAAACCGGUUGGGUCCCUUCCUUGUGUUUCAGCGUUUGUUCUGUGCCUCUGGCAUCAUUCUCUCCUAAGACAAUGUUUUAAAUAAUCAAAUACAGACUGUACAAUCAUCUGGAUUUUAUUUGGGCUGGUAUCUGGCGGUUACCCAAGGCAGCGGCACAGAAAAGACCUACCUCUCUAGAUUCAACUCCACUGAUCUCCAACAACUGCCCACGCCAAGUGGAAGAGGCCACCAUCUACCGUCUGCUCUGCUAAUGAUUGCCUAUGUUGGGCCCCUUGCAUGAAACAACAGAGUUUCCACACUGAGACCAGCCUUCGUUCUACUACUAACCACAAAGAGUGUAAGGAAAUCUCCUUCUCGUCAGGAUGUCGGUUGUGCGAAGAAAGUUUGGUGAUGACUAUCAGGCAGUGGUGGCUGCACCAUUCCAUCGGAAACGGCAGCGCUUUGUAGACAAGAACGGGCGCUGUAAUGUCCAGCAUGGCAACCUGGGCAGUGAGAACAGUCGCUACCUUUCUGACCUCUUCACCACUCUGGUGGACCUCAAGUGGCGUUGGAACCUUCUCAUUUUCUUGCUGACCUACACUGUUGCUUGGCUGGUGAUGGCCUCCAUGUGGUGGGGAAUUGCGUAUUUGCGUGGGGACCUAGAUGUACACCAGAGCCCCAGUUCAGGACAUAACCCAUGUGUGGCUAAUGUCUACAACUUUCCCUCAGCCUUCCUCUUCUUCAUUGAGACAGAAGCCACCAUUGGCUAUGGUCAUCGCUACAUUACUGAGCGCUGCCCAGAAGGAAUUGUGCUUUUUCUGUUCCAGUCCCUGCUGGGCUCUGUGGUAGAUGCCUUCCUCAUCGGAUGCAUGUUCAUCAAAAUGUCCCAACCCAAGAAACGUGCUGAAACUCUAAUGUUUAGCCGGGCUGCUGUCAUCUCACAGCGAGAUGGAAAACUCUGCCUUAUGUUUCGGGUGGGCAACCUCCGCAACAGCCACAUGGUCUCAGCUCAGAUCCGUUGCAAACUCAUUAAGUCACGACAGACACCAGAAGGUGAAUUCUUGCCACUAGACCAAUGUGAGCUUGAUGUUGGAUUUGGAACUGGGGCCGACCAACUGUUCCUCGUUUCUCCUCUAACCAUCUGUCAUGAAAUCAGUGAUAAGAGUCCUUUUUUUGCCCUCUCGCAAAGAUCCCUAAGGAGCGAGCAGUUUGAAAUUGUCGUAAUCCUUGAAGGCAUUGUUGAAACCACGGGAAUGACAUGCCAAGCCAGAACCUCCUAUACAGAAGAUGAAGUCCUCUGGGGCCAUAGGUUCCUUCCUGUAAUGUCGCUGGAAGAUGGCUUUUUCCGUGUAGAUUAUUCCCAAUUUCAUGGCACCUUUGAAGUUCCAACUCCUCCCUAUAGUGUGAAAGAGCAAGAAGAGAAUUUGGCUCUCCCAUCACCUCUGAACACCCCUACUGGGAGUCAUAGGAGUCGACGGGAAAAGAUCUCUUCUCUUGACUGUCUUGAAUUUUUUGAAGAGAAAAGCAAUCGUCUUCCCAGCAAAUUUCAGAAGCUUUGUACUGGGAAGGGGGAUCUCCAGAGAGGUAUUCCAAGCCUUUGCUCCACCAGUGUUGAGAAAGCUUGCAGCACUGGCGACCUCUUGAAAAUUCAGCAGAUCAGUUCUGUUUGCAACAUGGAGGAGGAAGGUGAAAAGCUGAAGUUGGCUGCCUUCAGAACCAAAUCAGAGCUCCUGGCUCGGUCCACUGGGAACCUCGAAUUCCAACAGAGACCUCAACUCUUGCAUACCCUGGGGGCAAGAUUGGAGGAUCAUUUGCCUGCCAAGUUACGAAAAAUGAAUUCAGGGCUUUUCUCUUAAAAGAGCAGACACACAACAGGUUGCAUUUUAAACUUCUAAAAUUUUCACAAUGUUGUUAGGAAGAAGAUUCUGACAAAGCUGAUCUGUGCUGUUAUGCCAAUUCAAUUUCAUAACUACAGUUUAAAAACCAAAAUAAUUUCAGUCAAGAAUAUUUGGUAAUAAAGUGGUGUGGUAAGAAGGGAUAUUUUGUGGAUGAAAGUUAGGUGAAAACUAUAUUCUAUUACAUAUAGAUUAUUUGUUUUUCUUUUUAAAUUCUAUCCUUCCUCCUUUUGAAGCAUGCUUGUUUAUUAGUGUUCAUUUUGGGAUUUCCUCUUUGGAAAAAUAGACUGGAAACAGGUAUUAUAAAGCAAAAAUACUUCCAUGUGUAUUCUGGAUGUCAUUCUGUCUCCAUCUGAACAGCUGUGCAAAUUUUACGCACAUCAGGAACCAGGCAAAAUCAUCUACAGGGAGGCAAGUUAAAAAAAAACAAAUAUGAAAAUAGAGGUCCUUGCAACAUGAUGCUGUACUGUUGCUUUCAUUGUUUUACCUAAAGCUUGGGUCCUGCAGACAUUUCUGGCAUGUAGCAGGAUUACUGUUGGGCUUCAGAAAUUUGGAUCCUUUAUUUUUCAAGAAUCAGGGCUAAAAGCAAGGAACUCAUAAACUAUGAUGGUACAGAUGUGUUUCUGCAAAAACACCCUUUCAAUAUUGAGAAGGAUGUCUUCUUGACUUUCUUGCAGCAAAGAUAAUUAUUGGGGUUAUAUAAAAAGAUGAGUCCCUAAUCCUUGGGGCCUCUAAUCCUUGGGUUGUGGCCCAUUACUGAGCUGUGGUCCAUUUGGAACCAGGCUGUGGAAGCGGCUUGUGUACAUGCAUGAAGCUCCAUUUGUGCAAGUGAUGGGCGCAUGUGCCCACCUGCUUGCUCAAAUGGAGCUGAGUUGCACUGAGUGCGCCUGUCACUCAUACAGAACCAUCCUCUCCCCCCCACUCCCCGGUCUGCAAAGCCAGAAAGAUUGGGGAAUGCUGUCCUGAGUCAAGUUUGAGUUCUGGUAUUUUACUUGGCAAUGUUACAGAAUUGGGUAUGUGGGAUGUUCCCGGGGUGAGUAAGAUGAGCUCUCCAUUUACUGCUAAGCUAUAUCCCACUGCAUCUCUUACUGUUGGCUAUAUUGACCAAUGGUGUUGGAAAUCAAAAGUGAAUAUUGCAACUGCAAUCAUGUUACUGGAGCCACCUUCUUGACUUUUUUGACACUAACUCUCUUCCAUGGACAUUUCUGGUUCAGGGUCCUCUCAAAACAUAUAUCUCUGCCCCAUUGAAAGCUUUCAGGAUCAUCAUCUGCUUGGUGCUUUGGCCUGAAUUUUUAGUCCUGAUUAUUUAAUUUUCCUGACCUUUUUCUUUACACAGAGUAGCUGCCAUUUCAGCACAUUCCUGUGGUAGGCAAUGAAGAUAGGGAGCGUUCUUCAAACCUAAAUCCUCUGGAUCCGAUUGUAGUCAGAACUGACUUAAUACCUAGAUGUCAUUAGGAAUUACUAUGUGGCCCCCUGUGGAUUUGGAGACCAACAUAUGACCUCUUGUUCAUUUGCCCCAGAAAAGGAGACCAUCAAAGGGAAGGUGGCCAUUUGAAUUUAUAAGACAAUUGGAAUUGCCAAUGCCAAGAACUAAGUCUAUGUUGGAGCAUUGUGGGAAACAGAAUGGCUACCAGUUGUUGCCAGACAAGCCUACUGGGGUGAAGGGUUAUUAAUGCCUGCUACUUAUACUUGGCUUAGGUCUAAUUCAGAUUUGAAGCUAUUAUUUCCCCAUAGCACACCAAGAACCAGUUUGGUGUAGUGGCUAAGGCAUCAAGCUAGAGACCAAGAGUUCUAGCCCCCCACCUUAAGUACAAAGUCAGCUGGGUGACCUUGGACCACUUGCGCUCUUUCAGUCUCAGGAGUGAGGCAAUGGCACAUCUCUUCUGAAAUCUUGCCAAGAAAAAUGCAGGGACUUGUUCAGACAGUCACGAAGAAUCACAGCACGGAAUAACACCUGAUUCCUGCAUCUAAAUAUGCUCAAUGUAGAUGAAACAGGUAGCCUCAUCUAUGCCUCAUGGCGAUCACUAUAGCCACGGAUGAAGCUACAAUCAAACGUUUCCCUUUUGCAACAGUGUCAGCCUAACUGUUGCAGAUUUCUUUUUCCUUUCUGAUGUCUUAUUUUCCUCACUUUUCCUUUUCCGUCUUCCUAACAGUGUAUGCAGGUUUCCACAGCUGGGGAAUAAGCCAGUCUCCUCCGAGAGGUGCCCUUGAGAUGGGUGAGAUGAGAUUCCUGUCGUUAUUUUCAUGGGUGUUCUGAAGAUGCUGAGCUGACAAAAGUUGGAUUUGGGAAUGACUGUAUGAACUCUUUUCCUGGGUGUGAAGUUUCUUCCUUUGGGAGAUUCCUCACAAUUUCAGCCUUUGAACUUUUCAGAGGUAAUGGGCUAGUUUGGGUGUUCAGGUUAAAUUAGGAAAAUGCGAAGAUUCCUUCAAAUGGUGUCUCAGUUCCUAGUGACUGUGUGGAAUCAUCUUUGACCUCAUAUGGAAGUGGUUUACCUAUUGCUUCCAACUGGGAUUUUUUGGACUUCCUACUCUAGCCUUCCCAGUCUUGGCCAUCCCUCAUGAUAUUUCAUCCAACCAUGAACCGGUAUCACCCUGUGUAGCUUUCCUGGGAUGAGCCAAGGUCAAUUAGGAGCUGCCAUCUGCUAAGGGCUAAGUGCAUAGAAACCUCAUCAAGGAUUCCAAUCAGUGGUGGGAUUCAGCCAGUUUGCACCACUUCGGGAGAACCGGUUGUUAACUUUCUGAGCAGUUUGGAAAACUGGUUGUUGGAAGAAAUCAUUAGGGCAGAGAACCGGUUGUUAAAUUACUUGAAUCCCACCACUGAUUCCAAUGGUGAGGGGACAUAAGAAUCACUCGACUGUAUUUCAUUCUCCCAAAGGCAGACUUCUGAGUCUUGCUGAAUCAGGCAGCAGCAGCAGCCAAGGUCAUCUCACAGAAAGACUUUCCUUAUGGUGGGAAUUGCAUGGCAGACUCUGAUGAUGUCAAACAAAGUCAGUUUUUAUCCCUCCCCAAAGGGACAAAUGAUUUCCAAAAAGGGUAACCCUGUUUGUCUGAAUCAGUGUAAAAUAACUGAUGUGGAAUCCCAGGAAGGCUGCGGGAGGAGCGGGGGGGGGAGGGAGAAGUUGCUUCUUUUACAACCCUACCACUGAGUAAUGAUUUUGAUUGUGUCAGAAUGGAAAAGUUAGUACAUGAAUGAAACUCACCAUACUAUCUGUACUGAAUUAAUUUAAUUUCCAUUCAAUUUAAAUUCAAUUUAAACUCCACCCAGUCUGGGACUCCUUUUUUCCACCCAAAAGAGGUUUGAAAAUGCUUCUAAAUUCUUGAAAUAGAAGUGGAUUUUUCAUUCCAUUCCAUUUCAUUCUUUCUUGCAUUUAAUGCAAUUUAACUUUUCUAUUCCAUUACUACUAAUACAAGGGAAAAUACUCUGCUUCCAGAAUUAACAUAUCUGUCCCCCUAUUUAGCCAUUUGGUAGAAUAAAAAGAUUUUGGGAUCCAAUCCAAAAAACCAAAAACAAUUUCAGCCAAAGGCCACACAAAAUCACAGGAAAUGAAGCAAUGGGGAGGGAAUUUUUCACAGACCACCAGAGAAGUCUCUGCAGCAUUCCCUUUGGAAACAUAAUGUCUGCCCUAAAGUGACUUUUAUAUAUGUACUUAGAAUUAUCCCACCUGUAAAACCAUCUGGUGAGUUAAAGGAGGAUGUGAGCCUCCAUCGUCUUGUUUCCAGGCCAACUUCAACCCCUACACCUGUUCGUCCUGUACGUCUCUUCCAUUCUCAUGAAAAUUAGUUGAGGUAGAUGAGGGAAGAGAAAUGUGGGUCCUAAAUGCCCCUCGUAAAUCACUGGUAGAUUGGGGAUGUAAUUUUGCCUCCCCCAAAAGAAAAUAAUGUCUAUGACAAGAACUUCCAAUUUUAUGCCUUUCAACUGUGUUAAGCUAAGUGUUAAGUGUCCUCAUCUUUAGCCAGCAAGCAAACUGCUGUGCUGAUUAUAAAUGAUGGGAGCUGGUACAUUGAGGGGCAUCAGUUGGAUUAAACUGGAUCAUUUCAUCAGAGGCACCAGCAAUAGUGCCAUGGAUUAGGUAAAAAGAUCAAAAAGUGCCUGUGUGUUUGAAGUCCAGUCCUUUUCUUUGCAAAAACAAGGAAAAGCAAGAAAGAAAUAAUUAUACAUUUAACUGACAGGCAUGAGGCUAGCUUGAAGAAACAAGUGCAUCUAUAGGGGAAUCUGAAAGGUCAAGAGGGCACCUGUAUAUAAAAAAAAAAACAAAGGCAGAGUUUUGAUUACACAGUCAUGUCAUCUUGACUAGAGAGAGUGGGAGGGAGGGAAGGAGCAGAGAGGGAGAAACUCUAGCCUCAGAAACACAGACAGUUAGAGUGUGUGAAACCAGACCAAUAAUAAGUGUUUUUUUUUUAAUUUGGAUGGAAAGAAAUAAAAAAUUUAAAUACUUGAAUUCGGUGUCAAUGACAUGCAAAAAGUGCAGUCUGAAGCAAUUUAAUUUAGGCUUAAAUAUGUGUAAGAAAAUGUCUCUUCAUAGGAACAAUAAUUUCAAACUCCAACUGAAUUGUUUCAGACCUUCCUUUUUGGCAUUCCACCCUUGUUCUGCCCCUUCCCAAUUUUUGUUGCUCUUGCUGUUUUUCAGUAUACAGCAGAUGACUGCACCCCACUCUAAGCAUUUAAGGAAAUGUAUCCUAAUCAAUCCGUGUUUAUGCAUUUAUAAAGCGUGUUGUUCUUAAGGAUGUUUGGUGGCUGUUAUAUUUAGGGGACACUGCAGGGUAGAGAAGAGAAGCGUACCAAAUUAUAUUAACCUGAGUAUUUAAAACAUCUCCUUUGGUUCUCUCUCAAAUGUAGUGGAAUUACAAUCUUUGAGGAAUCUCCAAACUGAAAAAUAAUCUCUUGAGGAAGAGAUUAUUAUCUGGAUGGAGCUAAAUCUACCUGAAUUUGAUAAUACAAAAUACUGAGAUAUUCUCCUAUUCACACCUUGGUAGCUUCUCAUCCACUCAGCUGUCAGCCUGAAAUUUCCCCAUUUGUUGUGUGUGUAUGUGUGUGUUUAAUAUGACAAAUUCCAGAGGGGUUGCAAGGCAAGUCUGUUGCAGCAAAAUAACACAGAGAUUUGAGCCAUGUAAAACAACAACAACAACAACAACAGAUUUAUUGCAAUUUGCUAUCAAGGCUUUGUCAUAAUAAAUCUGUCAGUUUAUGAGAGACCACAAUAUUUUUUUUUAAUCCUUUCUCCCCACCCACCCCCCUUUCUAUGGAUUCUCAGCAGCUAAAGUAUCUGCUGCCAAUCAGGCACUUCUUGCACUGGUGAUGUGCUUUUUAUAAAUGUGGCAACUCAUUUAUUAUUAGUAGUAUUAGUGUGAAAUAUUCUUUACAGUUGUAAUCAAAAGAAGAACAGAGAGAAAAAUAAAUAAAUAAAUUUCCCCUAAAUUAAAGAGAGAGAAAAAGAUUUACAGUCAUUGGAAAAAUAGUAAAAAGUUCCUUUUAUGGUAGGAAGGGAGAAAGGAAGAAAGAAAAGUAAAAACAAUUCCACACCUGUGGGAUUCUAGAAAUCCAUCUUGCCAAAGGAUUUUUUAAA